AUGCCAUCAACCAUCAAUGAACCGAGGCUUAUCGGCAUUGCAUCAUUCCCAGAGUCAUCUACUCCGACAUCAAAGAAUGAACCUUUAUCUACAUUUAUGAUAUCCCUUAAGAAUACGAUCAAGAAAAUGGCAACACAACUAGUGUCACUGCCGGAAGUGGAGCGAUUGAGUCCUACUGUCAUUCGGAUCCUUGGUGGAAAUCCGGGAAAGGUGAGGAGUUUGAACGAAAGAGCUGGAUUAGAGUUUGAUUGUUCUGACGAGGUUUUAGGGACGAAUACAUAUCUUGUUGGAAAAGGAAGAAAUCGAUUGCUGAUUGAUACGGGCGACGGGAAGGAAAGUUGGAUCCAGAAUUUGAAAGAGACUUUAGAGAAAGAACAAGCUACGGUUACGUCUUGUAUUCUCACACACUGGCAUCCUGACCAUGUGGGAGGAGUCGGCCACUUAUUAGAAUACUCGCCGAAAACUGUCAUUCACAAGAACAGUCCAGACAAGGGACAAACAGAUAUUAAGGAUGGCCAGAUCUUCGCAACAGAGGGUGCAACUCUCCGUGCAGUUCAUUCCCCAGGCCAUACACACGAUCACAUGGCACUGGUACUGGAAGAAGAGAAUGUCAUGUUCACCGGGGAUAACGUGUUGGGGCAUGGAACCGCAGUGUUUGAGGACUUGGUGACUUACUUGAACAGUCUUGAAAGAAUGAGAGGACUUUUUAGCGGUAAAGCAUAUCCAGGACACGGUGCAGUAUUAGAAGAUGGACCCAGCAGAAUUGGAGAGUACAUCCGGCACCGAAAAGAAAGAGAGUCCCAGGUUAUCCAAGUGCUGAAGUCCGCAAAGAACAAGCCCGGAGUUACUGUUGCCAUUGAUGAGGAAACGGAUGAGUGGACCUCAAUGGAGAUCGUGAAGAUAAUAUAUAAGGAUGUACCAGGGAACCUUCAUAUACCAGCGAAUGGUGGCAUUGUUCAGAUUCUAAAUAAGUUGCACUCGGAUGACAGAGUGGCCAAGGAGCAAGAUAGAUGGAAGUUGAAGGCACGAGCCGCUCUUUGA